AUGGCUGAAAGGGCUUUGCCCCCCGGAUUGCGACGAAGGAACGUUUACCGAUUCGAGGACGGCGCUAUUGGGCAGGCUGAAUUGGACGCGCUUCAGGCGGAGAUCGACUCGACAGGCGGUCGCGCUAAGGGAAGCUUGGUUCCAAUGGCGCAGGUUGCUGCUGGUCACCAGGCGGGCUCUAAGGCAGUGGUUGGGCUCACCGAUGGGUCCGUGCUCUUCGUCGAGAACAUCCCCAACCAUGAGCUGGCAAAUCAUGUUGCCCCGGUGGGCGGGCUGCGCUCACUGGCGCUAUCGCGAUUGGAUCCGGAGACGAUGCCCGGACGUUGGCUGUCAGGUAUGGCACUGAUGGCAAGCGUCGUCGUGAACUUCGAGAUGGGGUUGAACUUGCCAGCGAGAGUGAAUUUCAAGCUUCAGCCCUCCGACGGCGGUGUUGAACAUGAAUCCAUUUGCAAGGCUUUGGAGCUCGCGAUCGAGUACGACCAGCUGAACAUUGGUGAGCUCGCCGCCGUUGAGUUGUUGUGCCGCCGCUUGCAGAUGAUCCAGUAUCGGUGGAAGGAGAGAGUGCUUGGCGCUGUCUCCAGCGGCACCGUUGAUGACGAGUCGCACUUCUUCCUUGGCGUGGACCGUACCCGUGGCAACCUUUGCAUCUGCCCGGCACUUAAUGCUUGGCUUGGCGAUGAGUUGCACAAAGAGGCUCAGGCCAACAAAGAGCAGCGAAAAGCCCGGGAGGAGCGCAGCGCGAUCUUCUUCCUUUGCGGUUGCCCGCCGCCGAAGGCGGCAUACAGUGCGCGGACCUCAGCCGAGGGACGCGCCAACGAAUUCUCCGGAGGUUGGCUGCCGAUGCUUGGGUUUUCUGCCCUCAUGGGUUCGCAGGCCUCGGCAUUGGAGGGCCUAGCCGAGAAGUACAGGCAAGCGGGGCCUCCUCCCCAAUCUCGUUCCGAAGAAGCCCUCCGGGCGCUUCUCGGCUCGAUGUCUGUCUACUCGUUGGACAACAUCGAGUGCAACAUUGCCAGCUUUGACGAGGCCUUGGUCUCAUGGCCGGAGCCGGGGAGCCAUCCUGUACAGAUUACGGAACUGGCAGGCACCCCUGAGCUUCUCGCCGUUGAUGAGGGUGACACUGUAUACACGGCUACUGGAGAUGUCGCCGAUGCCUUUCACCGCAUGGAGCUGCCUCUUCACCUUCGCCAGUUCUUCAGGCUUUCUGCUCUUCAGUGCCGGUUCCUAGAUAAGAGCAUGUGGCCUCCAGGUUGUGGUCCCAACGACUACGUAACUCCUGAGUAUGCCACUUUGCCCAUGGGUUGGAACUGGUCAUUGUACUCUUGCCAAAGCCUACUGGAAUCGGCGGCUGCUCAGGCACAUCUUCGCGACGCAGACCGUAUCGAAGACCGCACAUGGACAGGCCGGGUCACUGGUGGACGCACUGUGCAUGCCCAGUACGUCGACAAGUUUUUCGUCAGCGGCACUGAUUCCUAUGUUGUGCAGUCGGCCUUUGAUCGCAUGCGACAGGUGCUUGAGGAGCGGGGCUGCAACAUCCAUGAGGUGACCGACGCCCAGCCCGUUGUCCACCGCCUUGGUUUGAUCAUUGACGUCUCCUCCAAGCGCAUCUCCCUUUCGCCCGCCAGGCGAGCUCCGCCUCCAGCCAAGGUUAUUGAAAAAGUUGUUGGGCACUUCACCUUUACCAUGAUGGUCAGGAGGGAGUGCUUGUCCUUGUUCAAUGCGGUCUACAAGUACGUGCGGUCCUCGAAACCAGCGGGCUCAUUGUGGCGUGCCGCUCAACAAGAAAUCCUGCAGGCCUCAUCUCUUCUCCCAUUGAUGUGCACUUCGCUUGAUCUCCCUUGGAGUCCAACCGCGAUGGCUACUGAUUCAAGCGAGGUCGGUUACGGGGUGUGCGAGAGACAGUUGGAGUGUGGUGAGGUUGCGAACAUCGGCAGGGCUUGUGAGCAAUGGUGCUAUGCCGUUGAAGGUGCCAUCAGGGCUCGUGCCCAUGCCCUUGGUGAGAGUGCUGAGUCUUCCCAGGACGAUUUCCAUUAUGAUUGUGCUCGUGUCCGUGAUGCUGACUUCAGGGAGGUUGGCGCCGAUGUCCUAGACCCAGCUCCAUGGCACGUCGUGUUCAAUGGCAACACCGCGAGAAUAUCCUCCGAACGGAAGGUCGGGCUAUGCUUAGCGGUAUUCGGCAUCUUCUUCGUUGCCGAAGGCACGCUGGCCAACAGCACCUACUUCUGGUUGAUAACCUCGCGUUGGCUCUGGAAUUGUGCUGAUCGCCCCUCACGAGAAUCAUGGCGCAAGAAGGCACGACGGUCCUUGGUUGCCCAUCCGUCCAUUGUGGAUGGCGUGGGAGACAAGGACUUUGCGGCCCAUGGCCGCGUCCCUUCGCACUUGGAGGUGAACAAGGUGCGCCGGACCUCAACCCAGGAUCGCUACAACGCCGUGGUGGAGACCUUCCUGUUUUGGUGCCGGAGCCACUACAACCAGUCGACCGACUACGACUGCCUCCUCACUGCCUACCUCAACGAGCUUUACGCUCAGGGAGCCGACGUGUCCGCCGCGGAGUACACUUUCGCCGCCUUUCGUUGCCGGCUCUCGGGCUACCGCAACCUGGCCCCUCCGAAGAUGCGGCUCCCGACUCCCCGCGUGGCUUUCGCCGCCAUCGUGGGUGCCUUGUUAGCGCACGGUCAGGCCGCUUUGCAGCCGUACACAGAAAAGGCACCUCGCGCUUUCUGGUUCGAGGCCUUGGACUAA